GACAUUAAAUUGGGACUUUGCCGUAUAACCCUGUCCGCCAUUUCACUGGCUAGGAUUCAAACUCGCUGUUUUAUUUAAAAUGUCUUCUGUAGAAGAGGAUCAAUCGUCUCAACCUUCCACAGUAAGUACAAAUUUAUUAUUUAUCAUUUCUGUCUAAGCUAUCUUAUGACUCCCUCAUCGCGUGAUACAAUUUUACUCGGGCUAGAAUGAAGACUGAAAAAUAGCGUUUUGCGGCUAAGUCCCAAGAUGGCUGAAAUUUUUCUAAGUUCGAAUUUCUGAAUACUCAGAUGUUUACAGGAUAUUGAGAGUUUGUGGGCACGCUUUGACCGCUCUUGUCAAUCUAUUAUGUCUGAGUAAACUGAAUGGAGACAGUAAAAACUUUUAAAACUACCCAAGUCCUCCGAUCCUUAUUUAAAAUGAAAUCUUUUGAAUUUUAAUUUCUUUUUACCUUCAAAUUUGUCUUUGUUUCACUCACAGGGAAAUGGAGACGGCAUGAUGAAUAAGUCGGGUAAGUCAUGAAGGCCUAGGCCUAGCCGUAUAUAUAUCUUUAAGACUUUUUUUUCUUUAUCUAAGUCUAAGUUUCAAAGACACUUUAAGUAAAGGGUUUCAUUGAUUAGAAUAUUAAUUAAUUAAUUACGUAAUAACAUUUUGUGAGUAUGUUAGCAUGCUAAUUUUUUAAACUUUUUGGUGCAAAUUAUUUUGAAAACCCAAAUAAUUUUUUAAAAAAAUGAUUACAGUUACAGCAAAAGGUUGAUUGGUAGGGCUUCAAGAUUUUGUUCUAGUUAUAUGCCUAUUUAUUACUAUAGCAGUAUAAUAUAAUAAUAUAGGUCCAAAAUUACAAUAAUAAUGUAAUUAUAAAUCAAUAAAUGUUAAAAAAUAUAAUAUAUAUAUUAAUAUUAUAUAAUUGUAGGUACUUCCAACUCAAAUUUUCUAAUACAUCUGACAAUGACGAAGUUAAUCUUUAUAUCAUUUACGUUCGUGUUCAAUGGGUAGUUACUAUAAAUGCUUGGGGAACAUGCAUAUAAAAUUACUGAUUUUUUUCUGUCAGGUUUUAUUUUAAAUACUUUUAUUUAGCAUUUCUUAAUGACUUAAUGCUUUUUAUUUAGGUUGGCUUCUUGUUUGCCUGGGUCAAACUUAAAAUCAAUUUAGAUCCACUCUUUUUUGUUUUUUUAAAUUUUAAGGCAUGUUUAUUUUCAACAUCAAUACCGUCAUUUUAUCAACCCUGCAGCCAGCUUGCAUGUGAGGUCAACUGGCUAAGGACUUAACUGUAUUGUACAUAAAAUACCACUAAAAUUCUGUUAUUCAAAUUUUUAGAAUUGAUUUCUUUGAACUAAAAAAAUACAAUAAAAAGCUUUAUGGUUACACAGUUUAAUAAAAUUCAGAAACAAGUUAAAACAAAUUUUUGUUAUAGGACGAAGAUGAUAUUAUUAUAGUAAAAAUCAAUUUCAUUUCUAAAGAGGUUAAUAAAUUUAAUACUAAUUUCGGUCUGUCUAAUAAUACUAGUGCAGUAUAGACAAAACUAAAUAUAAUUUAUAAUUGAGGACUAUGAGGAGCCAGGUCCUUAUGUGUGAGGAGAAGAGUCAGCAUUAGAUUGUUAUGUGAAGGGUCAGCAUAGUUAAUUUUUUUCUAUAAAAUAAUUUUAGGACUAAAUUUGAAAUCUCUGACAUCAGGUACAAAUAUUUAGGCACUUAGGACUUUUGGUGACUUUUAUGUAUUAACUUUUUCUGUUGCAUACUACAUAUUAUAUUUACAAAUUAUAGGGUAGGGUGACCAAACGUCCAGCAAAAACGGGAUUGUCCCUUUUUUCACGAUCCUACACGGUGUCCUGAAAAAGCCUCUUGGGGCGCCUAAAUAUCCAAUUUCUAAAACCAAACACAUUUUCACAUAUUAGAUAAGAAAUAGGUUUUAUUAACGGCUGGGACAACAGCCAAAUAUCCUCAGUUUAAAUCCUAGCUAAGCCUAGACUAGAGAAAUUUAUUGUUGUGUUGUAUAAUGUUGUAAAAUAUGGAUAAAUAAAUAAGUAUUCACUGCAAAAUUGUUUUAAUUUAGGAUAUGUUUAAAUUAAAUUACAUUUACAAAAGUGAAGCCAAAUUUAAAAAGAUUGCUAGGUCUCAAAAUAGUUAAAAUGAGCACAUUUCAAUAAACAUUUUUCGGCGGAGGCCCCCAGACCCCUCUUUAGCUGGAGGGUAUCCCCCUCCCCAAACCCUCCUUGGAUGUGUCCCGUUUUUUCCAGUUCAUGAUCUGGUCACCCUAACAUAGGGAUAAAAUAAAAUGUCUAUUACCAUCCUUCAUUUUUUUUACCCAGUACAAAAAUAGUUUUUCUUUAUUUAAAUUUUUGACAGGUGGAUAUGUUUAGAUAAGCCAAUACUCAUUCUAGAGUUUGGGGUUUAAAGUUAACUUUUGAAAGAAACGAUGGGAUUGCUAUGAAAAUUUAAGGUAGUUUUUUGUUGUAAGAGAUGACCUAGAGAGUAACAUUUUUAAGGCUUUAGCACUUUUUCUGAGGAAAGAAGUAUUAGAUCCACAAUUGUAUUUAGAAUGUGAACAUGAUUAAUUACGAGAAAAUGUCAAGCAUGCUAAUCCUGCAUGUCAUGAUAGUUUUCAUCAAAAAACAAAGACACAUGAAUGAUUAUUAAUCAUAUCAUUAAUCUUAGCCUAGUUUGGGGGAGUGGGGGCUAGCAUAAGCUGUAGCAAAUACAUUUACACUGUCGUCAUUAUUUAAAUUUUUUGCAUGAUAUUUGGAAACCCUAGUUAAUUUUUUUUUCAAUUAAAUUGCAUAUUUAAAGUUGCUUAAAAGUUUUGGUUUUUUUUUAACGAAAGAAACCAAUGCCGAAAUUCAUUAAAUCUUUCUUUUAGCAUAUGCAAUUUGUUUGCAACAUUAGAAGAAAAGUUGAUGAACUUUUACCCAUAUUUUAUUUGUUGAUGUAAUGCAAAAAAUGUAAAAUUAAAAGAAUCCAUUAUUUUUGUCAUUGAUAUGAUUUGAUUGUAACAAGAACUUAGCAUUAAAAAAUUGAUAUAGCUAGUUUUAAAUAUCAAAACGGUUAACAAUUAAACAUUUUUGGCCAAUAGGGGAUUGAAUGUCUUUUAUAAGCUGCCAUUUAAAAAUGUCAUAUAAAUUAAGUUUAAAUACACCCAUACAUAAAACAAUACAGAUAAAAAUUUUGUUAAUGUGAUAAUUGAAACACAUCUAGAGUUUUAAAAAGUAAGUCAUUCAAGCCACAUGUUGACCACCACAUCCCUUUAUGAUUAGGGUCUAUAAGUGUAGUUCUCCUCUUCCUGUUAGAAUAAUGUUCUUGUUUGCUCAUAGCAUAAUUCUUCCAGCUGGUUUAAAUAUUUAUAAAUUAGAUUUUUCUGUGAAAAUCUACAUUUGAUCUUACUUGGUAUUCACAGCAACCUGAUUUUUGUUGAACUUAAAGCUUAAUUUGCUCACAUUCCAUAUCCCCUAAUGUUUCAUUCAAGUUUUAAGUUAGUAAAUAACUUGUCCUAAUGCCAUCAAAAUCCAAAUUCAUACUACACAAUGUGAAACCAUUUACUAUUAAGGCAAUAAGAAUGAACUCAAGGCUUACCCAUCUCUUUGUCACAAAGUAUUGAUCUACUAUUGAAAAUCAUUACCACCCAGCUGAAGAAGAAAGAUAGAAACAAAGAAAGUUUGGAGAUGGUUAAGUCAAUGUGAGCUUUAUUCUCGCUUACCAUAUUUAUUUCAUGUUAGUGAGAGGACACAUUCUCCUAAAUUUGUUCUGUCAGUCAUGUCCUUGUUAGAUUUUUGUUCACAGCAUGACACACUAAGCAUAAUAUUUUAUAUGUUUACAGUGGAAGAAAUGAGUGGUAAAAUGAAUGGAUUGGGUGAAGACUCGGCUGGUUCUGCUUCCGAAGGCAGUGGUGAACCUAAAGUCAAUGGUUUAAGUAAUCAUAAGCCAAAGGGUUCUUCUUCGUCUACCCACAAACACUCUUCAGAGCAGAGCGGCAGCUCUGAUAAAAAAGAUAAGCAUCAUAGCUCAUCAAGCUCAUCCAGACAUAGGGACGGAAGCUCUACCAAACACCACGAAGGGAGCUCUAGCAGUAAGCACAAAGAUGGAUUGAGCUCUUCAUCAUCAAAGCAUAGAGAUGGUCAUAGUUCAUCCUCCUCGUCAAAGCACAGAGAUGGAAGCAGUUCCAAGCAUAGUUCAUCCAGCUCAUCAAAGCACAAAGAAGGAAGCAGCUCAUCAUCUUCCCAUAAAGACAAAGAAAAAAGCAGCAGUUCUAGUCGACCUAAAGAUAGCAGCAGCAAAGUAAAGGAAAGCUCUUCUUCACAUAGCAGCUCAAAAGGUAAAGAAAGUAGUAGCAGCAAACCUAAGGAAGGAAGUAGCUCGAAUAAGGAAAAAACAAGUUCAUCAUCAUCUGACAAACCUAGGGACAAGAGUAAAGAGUCCAGUAGUAGGGACAAGGAUAAGCACAAAUCUUCCUCUUCAUCAUCCAAACACAGAGAGCAGGAGAAGACAAAAUCUUCUUUACCUAAAAGUGGAGAUGGAAAAGAUAAGCAUUCUCACUCAUCAUCCAAACCCAAGGAAGAGGUGAAGCCGAAAAAAGAAGAGGCAUCAGAAAAGGUGAAGGAUGAAGACGUUGAGAAACAUAUUAAGAAGGAGCCAAUAGAGCUAAAGCCAUUAGAAACUAAUGGUAAUAGCUCCCACACAACACCAUCCCCAGUCAAGGUUAAAAAAGAGGCAGAAUCACCCGUGAAAACAGAAAAGGCAGCAUUGGCGGUUAAUAACAAUGCAGUGAAAUCUGAGGAUGAUGAAAGUGAUGACGAAGAUGACAAGCCUUUGGUAAGUCACUGAACCAGUAUUCCCAAUAUCCGUGCUGUGAAAUAGGUAAUAACAACCUUGAAUAUUAAAAAAAUUGUUAAUAUUGUGUAGUUUCAAGCCAAAAUUAUUUAGUUGUUCAUGCCCUUUCUUGGUAUAGUUUAGGUAAAUGAAGUUUGUGAUUUGUUGUUCCUUAGUUUAAACAAAACUAGAAAUCUCUUUUCAAUACACAUAAUGUUUAAUUUACCUGAAGUAUUAUUUAAAAUGUAAUUGGUAUAACAUGGAUAUUAGUGCCUAUUAGGUAGUAUAUUUAUGUUUUAUUUUCAGUCUGCACGCAAGCAAAAGACGCAGUCAUUAAAAAGACCUAAAGAAGAAUCAGAUUACGAGAAUGAGGCUCAAAAUGAAGAGGAGGAUGAGGAUAGUGAUGUACCUUUGUCGGCACGGUAUAAAGUUAUUACAUUAAUGAAAAUGACUUGCUUGAAAUGUAUCUUAGGAUGAAUAACCUUGAUAAAAUUUAUUUGUACAUGCCCUCAUAGAGAAACUGGCAAUUUUGCAGACCAUUGCAUAAUGCCCUUAAAAGUAUAUUUAAAUUCAACGAAAACCAAUAAUGAGUCUCCCGUCUCAAGACAUUUCUAGGGAUACCAUAUGGGAGUAACCCGUCUGAUUUAUUUUUUUUUAAAAAUAAAUUUACACCUGUACUUUUUUCUCUUUCUGUACAUGAGAAGUUUAAGGCAAACAUCAUUUUCCGAUCAGAAAUGGCAGAUUAUUUUGAUGCAAAUUUAAUGCGGCUGGGAUUUCUUGUAACAGUUUCAUAUUUAUUUAUUUAGUGCCAACAAAGCCAAAAAGCUCAAAUUAGACAAGAAGCCAUUAGCAGCAGCAAAGAAGUCUAAGCAAGCCAGCACUCCAGUAAAGAAAGUAAUUAUAAUGUUAAAUUCCUUUCACAAUAAUAAAGAAACUUGUGCUUAAAUUUUUUUGUAUUUUUAAAAUAGAAAUGGCCAGCAAUAAAAUAAAAAAAAGAUCAAUAAUAAAUUAACGAAAUGAUUGUAAAUAAAGUUGAAUAUUAAUGCAUAUAAAGCAAACAUUUUAAUAUAUAUUUUUUCAUCCUCUCCUAUUUUUAUGUUUUACUAGACUAAAAAAAGUAAGGUAAAAGAAGAAGUGAAACUAGAAGACCAAGAUGAACCAGUAGCUAAAAAGAAAAAGAAAGGGACCGAAGAACAACAGGAGGUUUGGAAAUGGUACGUUUAUCUUAACUCUAGGUUAAUAAUUGAUACUAUAUUAUACUCAUAUAUAUUUUGGAUUCAUUCUAUUUGGGAAUCCUUGUUGAGGACAAAUCUCAAGACAACAAACAACUCAACAAAGUAAACACUUGACUUGGCAACAUUUGAGGCACAACAUGAUUUUAUGGGUUGGUCAUGAAUGAUUUUUGAUGAGCCAUAUGCAACAAUAAAAUUUCAUAAUGCAGCUUGCUCACUGUGAUUUUAUGCCAUGGAGCAUAAAAUAUUUCUCAAGCGUUGGAGUUUAGUGCCUUAACUUUGAAGAAUAAUUGGGAAAUGUCUCAUAAUCAACAAGAAUGAAAAUCUAGAGAUAGUGGAGCUAUUUGCAACAAAAGUCUAUCAGAAAAUAUCUGGACAAUGAGGAGGUUACAUGGGACUCACAACAACCUACAGUUGAGUUUAUUCUGUUGAAGUCGAUCAAGAGAGCUGGGGAAAAUUUGAAUUUAACAAAUUUUGUUACGCAACAAAAAUUGUUUUACAUCUAUUAUGAAACCAGUAUUCAUUGGCAGAUCGUUGUUUAUGUUUCCAGUAAUGGGAAAGCCACUUAAUUAAAUCAUAAUGCUCUGAUCCGGCAGAGUCCCACUCUAGCAAAAGCCACUGUAGUUUGUGCUUAGUUAUAUAUGGUAAUAAGUUAGAUUUUAAAAGUUAUUUGAAUCACAUUUAAAUUAAAAACAUGGGUAAAGACAAUUUUGUUUUUAUUUCAAUAUUCUAUGAAAAUAAAAAGUAAUUUCUUUUUCUCUUAAAUAGGUGGGAAGAAAAGCGUGAGGAUACUGGUGUUAAAUGGUCAUUCCUAGAACACAAGGGACCUUUAUUUGCACCUGCUUAUGAACCACUCCCCAAGAAUGUUAGAUUCUAUUAUGAUGGUAUGUACAGACCUGUUUACUCUUACGAUUUUUUUUUUUUUUACGAUUUUGGCGUACAAUGUACGAUUUUUAGAUGUCUUUUACGAUUGUACGCCGAGACCCGCCAAAACUACGAUUUUCAGAGACCCACCCGGUGAACAAAUAUUUGUGUCAUUUUGUCCGAUUUAAACAAAAAUUAAAAAUUUUCGGUUGUGGAAGCUUUAGCCCUUAUGGCCCCGCAUUGAAUGGACCCAGAAAACAACGAUGGGUUUUUGUAUAUUUUUUUAUAGUUGGACCAUCCUUCAUUAUAUUUAUGUACGCACUGAAAGGGGAGGUGGCGGUUGUUGAUUAAAGAGAUUGGUGGCAUACCAGAAACACGGGUUGGGGGGGGGGGGAAGGUGGGAGUUUCAAAAGAUAUAAAAAUAUCACCGCAACGCAUCCUAUUGAUGGUGGUGAUGGUCUUAGUGUUGCUUUGCGUGUCACAGUGAACCAGCUAGCUGUGUCAGCAGCAAUCUUUAGGCUAGUCGCCUGGCAACAACUUCACUCACCACCUCAUUGGACUGCUACUGCUAGCAAGCGUGUGUUCGUCUGAACCGCGGGGAUUGUGAAGAGAGAAAACUAGAGGUGUGAGAUUUAGUCAGUGGCAUUAAAAAAAAUAUUUUAGAUCUCGCAAAGCAGCUCUAUCCAGAGGCGUAGCGAGCGGGGGCAGGAGGGGACAGAUUCCCCGGGCGCCAGCUAGUUAGGGGGCAUGUUUCUUUCAGAAAUUUUCCCCAGGGGGGAGCACUUCAGAUUUUCGGGGAAGGGUUACUUCAGAUUUUUCGGGGGUUGGGGGGGGGGCAGUGCCAGCAGUUCCAGUUGAUUUAUUGUUGGACAUAUUUUUGCUCCUGGGGGCACUUGGCUUUCCCCGGGGGAGGGGCACUGCCCCCCCCCCCAGAGAUAUAGCUGAAAGAAACCCUGUUUAGGGGCGCCAAAAUGUGCUUUGAUAUUAUUUUAUUGAUGAAAAUAAUGGGCUUGAGAGUUGAAAAAAAGAAAAAGGGGCACUUUAAAAUGGAUCUUGUCCCCGGGCGCCAAACACCCUCGCUACGCCUCUGACUCUAUCCCCCUCAAUCCCCCUCAACGAUUUUAAUACAAUUAAACAGUUUUGUAUCACUACUGCUACUACUGCGCCCCCCCCCCCCAUUUUUGUUUACAGCUUGUGGUAGUUACUAGUCUCUGAUACUAUAGCAGUGGUCGGCAAGCCGUGGCUCGGCCAGUCAACUACAAAGCGGUUUUUACUCCGAAAAACAUGGUCCUUGACAGGUUCUUGAAAAUAAAUUUGGCUCGCAAAAUUUGUUUAAUGGUCCUGCUGCUGAUUUGGGCUCUUUUGACCAAUGAGUAUGCUGACCACUGCUCUUUAGUAUGUGAACGUAAAAACUCAGGGGCAUAUUGGAUAGGCGAGGGCACUAUGUUUUUCCUAUUAAUGAGGGUGGGGGAAGGUGGGUUCGUCACCAGCACGGAAAUACGUGUUAGUGGACUAGUGUGUUGUCACUAUGUCGUGUUAAAUAUGACUACUACAGCGACCUCUUUAUGAAAACACAAAGCAUUAGUAUACGGUAUACGAUAAAUGCGAAGCAUUGUGGUAUUUGUAUAGCCUUAAUAAUAAUAAUAAUAGACCUAAUUAGAAUUCGUGGAUUUCAGAUUUUCAUGUGACAGUUGGCUCUAUAAGAGACUGUCAGGAAUCAGGAUAAUUAUUGUAGAAUUUAUGCCUACAUGUAGGUGCAUUCUGGUGCCCCCCCCCCCCAACCCAAUCAAAACUCAUACGCAUCCUCAGCGAGUAAGUCAUAUUUGGAUGGCCCUUUAAGUUGGCAAGGCGUGCAGCUGGGGGCGAGCUAGGAAUCAUUGUUAACUUUUUCAUUUUUAUUUGAAAUGUUAUAUAUGGGCUGUCCAAACAGCUCUGGCGCUAGAAUUUGGCUGCAUUGACCUAUGUGCACAUUGCGUGAUUUUAAUGUUACCAUUAUCAUUAAUGGAAUCGGCAAUCAUUCUUGUUUUCGGUUCCGUAGUUGACCUCACUUAGUAUUUUACGAUAUGACCUCGACAAAAAGAAAGGCUCGCGGAAUGGGCGAUGAAGAAGAAACUUCUCUUUCUACCGAUAAACAUCCGAUUCAACUACAGAAAAAGAAAGUUUAUCAGCAGAUAGUCUUGCUUGAAUAUCAGACUAAAUUGACUGGGUUGCGUUCUUCGUCGAAUGGUCCAUCAUGCGCGCACUGCACAAUUACACAAUCUGCAAGUCGGACUUUUCAUGAACAAUCUAUCAGGGACAAAAGGAGUGGUGUUGAUUUAGGAAAUUUUGGGUUUGGCGUGGGUCUAAAUACUUAAAUCUAUACAAUCAACACCGCGACAUUUCCGUAAUGACAGGUUGGGGGGGGGGGCUGUUCCUCGGCAGAAAGAACGUACGUUAUUUAAAAAAUCUACAAUAUUCAUCUCCUAACUCUGAAAGUCCAAAAAUAGCAUUCUAUUUAUAUCUCGAAUGCUGUAAAAUACCACCCGAUGUUUUGUAGGAAUUAUUGCGGUGAUGUUGUCAAGAUGUAUUUUCACCAAUAAACUCGUUAGCAGUAGUAGAGAAGUUACAGUUGUGUUUAGUCAUGAGUGUUCAGCGCGCGUGUGACGCAUAUUUCGUUGGGCUACGCCAGUGGUUCUUAUAAUUUUGUUUCCCGGCGCAUAUGUCAUAUUAGGUUUUCGCCAGGGUUUCCUGGAUGAAAUUCUUACAAGUACACUUCGAAAUAGGGAAUACACAAAUAAAAUAAAGGGUGGGAUAAAAAUAAAUAUAUCGUUUAUGGAGGUAACAAACAUGGAGGUAUCUAUAGCAGAUGCAGGUCUUCAAAAUGAAGUGACCGCAGUUUGCAGUUAACGUCAGUCGAAUACUGAUUACCUUACAGUUCCAUUUUUUAACAAACCGCUGAACUGGAUGCCACUGAACACGCUAUACCAGUAGAUGCUGUAUACAUUAUAUAUUAUAUAUACUGUAUAUUUAUGUAUUUACUAUUAAGAUACUGUAUUGUACGAUUUUGAGACGAUAUUGUACGAUUUUAGGAGUUUGAGGGUAAACAGGUCUGUAUGUAGCAAUUCACCUGUGCUCAUUUUUGUGGAUCUAAAUUUUUUUUUACUUUUCAACACAAAUUAGCACACAAAUUGCAUGCAGCUAGUUAUCUUGUACCUCAAGAACAUCAUAGAUAUAUUAACUGGUUAGCCGUCUGGUACCAUGGUACGGGUGGCCGAAUGGUCUAAACUGAGCAAAGUUGGUGGUCUGGAGUUCAGCUCCAGCCAAAGGCCAGUCAUGCAAAAACAUCACUAGCACCCUGAGUGGAUGGGACUUGUUAACCUUGGUCUGCGGAUCAUCUAAGAGAAGGAAACUCUGAAUUCAAACCCGGAGAUGGAGUCCCGUAAGGCGUAUACAAUGAAACAAUCCGACAACUCCUGCAUCCGUACCCAUCCCUGGUCGUCUUGACUUAGUUUUGCCAUUGGACAAGGUGGACCUGGACAAGAGAGUGAGGUUGACACCGCGCAACUCUUCCUCACAUUAAACAAAAGUCACCCGCGCAAGUCAUCAGUCAUCCAACACCGGACGACUCGAUGGUCCUAGUCGACUUUCGGCGGACGAACAACAAAACACCAUGGCUUCUACCAGUACAACCUUGUUCAGUCUAACUGUUGGGAUACACACAAAAAACUUAACACUUUAGUCCUGCCAGUUUCUUUAGGAGAAAUCUGACUGGAAAGAUGCAAGCAUAUCUACCUUUGUUUCGGGGAUUAUGGCAGGAAAUUAAUGAAAGCUAGUAAUGUCUUGUGGGUCUUCAUAAUGUAAAUAAACAACUUCAAUUACUAAUUUUUUUGUACAAUUUGUUUGCUGUCCACAUAAUAAUGUAGAAAUGAGCUUGAAGCAGUUAUCAGUAAAAAAAAAAAUAUUUAGAAUCGCUUGUGUGGCUGUAUGCAUCUUUUUAUGAUAUAUAUAGUUUGAGACCUAAAAGAUUAAUAUGAUGCUUUAUUUUUAUUUUACUUCUCUAGCUGCACAUGCCUGUAAAAUAAUAUUGAAAAAAAAAUGUUCACAGGAAAACCCAUGCAACUGACACAGGAUACUGAGGAGGUUGCAACCUUUUAUGGUCGUAUGCUUGAUCAUGAUUACACCACACGAGAUGUUUUUAACAAGAACUUUAUGAAAGACUGGCGAAAGGUAUGGGUUGUUGAGAAACAAAAUCCAUUCAUAGAUAUCAUGAGUGGUCCAUGUUCUAAAAUUUUCAGUUUUUUUUUUUUUAAAUAAGUUCUACAAUAUAUUCUCUAAUGAUUUCCCUAUAUUGAACUUUUGAAUUUCGGUGUGAUGCUAAUUAUUUUUCUCAGUGUUGUAUAAAAUUAUUUUGCUCUUAGGUGAUGACUGCUCAAGAACAAGCCAUAAUCACUGACAUUAAGAAAUGUAACUUUCAUGAAAUUUUAGAUUACUACAAGAAGAAAUCAGAAGAAAGAAAAAAUCUUUCUAAGGAAGAAAAGCAGGUAUGUUAUUAAAAUCACUAAAUUUGGCUGUAAUGUACACUCUUAGCUUUCCAUUUAAAAUAUCCCUAUCAUUUUUCUUUUAAUAUAUUAUAUGUAAAAAUUGGUUUCCAUGACCUGUUGAGCUUGUUUUGCAUUUUUAGUUCCAGUGUUGUUUAAGUUAGAGCUUUGAUUCAGUCACAUUUCUUUGUUCACUAAUAAGUCUGUGGGACUUCUCUUUCUUAGAAAAUAAAAAAGGAAAAUGAAGAAAUUACAAAGCAGUAUGGCUUUUGUAUAAUCGACCACCAUAAGGAGAAAAUAGGAAACUUCAGAAUUGAACCUCCUGGCCUAUUCCGUGGCCGAGGCGAUCAUCCUAAACAGGGCAUGUUAAAGAAACGUGUUAAUCCAGAAGAUGUUAUCAUUAACUGCAGCAAGUACGUAAUAAUAUAUUAUUACCUUUUUCAGACAAGUUAAUAUUUUAUACAUGUCAUAAUGUUUAUUUUAAAUCAUGUGUUCAUUUAUACAUAAAAUUUUGUUUUCAUUUCUUUAGGGACUCAAAAAUCCCUGUUCCACCCGCUGGUCGCAAAUGGAGAGAAGUACGACAUGAUAACACAGUGACAUGGUUGGCAAGUUGGACUGAGAAUAUUCAAGGUGCCAUUAAGUAUGUCAUGUUAAACGCUGCAUCAAAAUUAAAGGUAAGUUUACUUAAAACUUGUUCCAAAGUAUUUCAGUUAAUCAAAGGUUAUAUCAUAUCUAUUAAUAUAUAGAAGAGUUAAUAUUUUUGUAAUUAGCAUACAUGCUUAGGCCCCCAAAUGUCUGGUCAUGCGGCUAAUUUUAAAAAGUAAUAAACUUGUAAUUAAAAAUGGUUGGGGAUUGGUAUAGGGGAAAAACAUUUUCAUGCACAUUGAUUUUGAAAUUAUUUGUCACAGGGAGAGAAAGAUUGGCAAAAAUAUGAGACGGCGCGUAAUCUUCAUAAAUGUGUAGAUAAAAUUCGUGCCAAUUACCAAGAGGAUUGGAAGUCUAAAGAAAUGCGAGUGCGGCAGCGUGCUGUGGCAUUAUACUUUAUUGAUAAGGUAAUCUUGUAUUCAUUUAUUCUCCUGGAACACACAAGCUAUAAGUUUCUUGUCCUUAUCAAGCUCCUAGUUUGAGCCUGACAAAAAUCUAGUUGAUUUCAUAAGUUGAAAGGAAAUAAUUUGAAGGAUCAUUAAAAUGUCAUAUUAAUAGAAAAAUCAGCGUCUCUUUUUUAAAAUCUAUUGAUAAAUGUGUUUAUUUUCAGCUGGCAUUAAGAGCAGGUAAUGAAAAAGAAGAAGGUGAAACAGCAGACACUGUCGGCUGCUGCUCACUGCGAGUGGAGCAUAUAAAACUGCAUAAUGAGAAAGACGGUAAACAGCAUGUUGUGGAGUUUGACUUCUUGGGUAAAGAUUCCAUCCGCUAUCAAAAUGCCAUUCCAGUGGAGAAGCGAGUCUUCAAGAACCUCCAGUUGUUUAUGGAGAACAAACAGCCAGAGGAUGAUUUAUUUGACAGAUUGAAUGUGAGAUUUUGACCUUUGUUUAUCUUUAGCAGGAGUUGUAAAAUGAUUUCUUUGACUUGAAAUAUGUGUUUAAUUUGGAGUGACAUCUCAACCGUGUUUCAUUAUUUACUGCAUUUAUAGUUGAUAAUUUCUAACAUGUAGUUUUCAGUGUCAAUGUUUUUCAAAUUCCAGACCACCAUUCUCAACAAGCACCUUCAAGAUUUAAUGGAGGGACUCACUGCUAAAGUUUUCCGUACCUUUAAUGCUUCAAAGACUCUGUCUGAACAGCUUGAGUUAUUAACAAAUCGUAAGUGCUCAUUGAAAUUGUUGGACAUAGUGCACUUUUUGUUGAGAUGAUGUAAGCCUUACAAAGUCUACUUUGUUUUUCAACCUCCUUUAUAUUUAAGUAAAUCUCUCUGAUUCCGAUUUCCCUUAAACUUGUUGUUGAUUUCUUGGCUCUGCAUCACAAUUGUACCCCAGAUAGAAUAUUCUUCAUUCUUCAACCAGACAUGACAAUGGAAUCACAGACCGGUUUAUUCUUAAAAUUUUGGCAUACAAAGUAAGAUUUUGAGGUGUCUUUUACGAUUGUAUGCCAAGACCUUUCAGAACUACGAUUUAAGAGACCGGGUUGAAAAUAUAUACAUUCUGGUAGUUUUUUCCGAAUUUAAACAAAGAUAUUAUUAGAAAUUACAUUUUCGGUUCUUAGUUUUAACUUGUAUUUGGAUUUUACGUCCAGCGGUGAAUGGAUCGGUUGGGGACCAUCUAUAAUUAUAUUACGCUUUCCCUGAGAGGGUAAUAGAGUGGUGUUGAUUUAGAUUUGUGUACAGGUGGUGGGGGGUCUAAAUAUUUAAGUCUAUAAAAUUAACAGUCACAUUUUCGUUAUGAUAGUGGUGAUCGCCAUUAUUGCUUUGUGUUUUCAUAAUGAACUUGCUGGACACCGCUACAGUAAUAUUAGCAUUGUCCCCCCAUUACAAUUUUAGUCAGUCUGCGGCCAUCUAUAUGGAACGUACACAGGGGGGGGAUUGAUAAUUUUUUCAGAUUUAGCGUACAUGUUUGUAAAGGGGGGGGGGGGGGGUCGGCAGAAAGUGUGUACAGUAUUAAAAAAUUCUACACUAUUCACCCUGAAAAUUCCAACAUUGUCUUAUUUAUAUCUUGAAUGGUGUAAAAAUAUCAUGCCAAGUUUUGUAGCAAUUAUCUUUAUAAUGGUGCCAUGUAUUUUCACAAAUGAACUCGCUAGAUAUGCUUGGAUAGUACUCAGUAGUAGAAGUAUUACAGUAAUAUGUAGUCCACCAUAUGUCCAUCGCGCACGUGACGUAUAUUUUGUUGGGCUACCCAGUCGUCGGCAAGUGCUCAGCUUGUUGUAAUUAUCAGACUGUAAUAUUUUAACAGAAAAUAGCAUAAAUGAAAACUGAGUUAAUAUCUAUAACAGAUACAUGUUUGCAAAACAAAGUGUCCGCAGAUAGCAACAAACAUCAGUCAUUUACCUUUAGAAGUUAACUUUUUUUAUGUGGGCUUAACUCGAACCCACUCGAUGCUUUAUGCAAGCAGUUAUACAUUAUAUAUACUGUGUUUAUUUAGUUACCAUUAAGAUUUUGUAAUGUACGAUUUUCAGACGAUAGUGUAAGAGUUUUGGAGUUCAAGGGUAAACAGGUCUGGAAACAUGCAUGAUGUCACUUUGUAAGAUAGCAAGUUAGUUUCUGGCAUCAGCAUUUACUCCCUGAUUAGUUAAAAUAAAUUAACUGUUGGAUACAUUUUUUGUUUCCAGCCAACGACUCUCCAGCAGCCAAGAUGCUUGCAUACAACAGAGCUAACAGAGCUGUGGCUAUCUUGUGUAACCAUCAGCGCGCUGUCCCAAAAACCUUUGAAAAGUCAAUGGAGAAUCUUAUGAAUAAGGUUAACUUAUAUUCUUUUUAUUUUCUUUGCUGAUUUUAAAUUGGCUGUGAGAUGGAUAUCAAUAUUCUUUUCAAUGCAAGAUCCUUAACAUAAUUUUUUAACUAAUGGUAACAAAAAUCAAUUUAAUCUACAAAUGGGUAAGAAAUAAUUUAUUUGUACAAAAUUGGGGAGGUGGGGCUUGAUGUUUAUUAAAGUCACCAAUAAUUUAAAAAAAACAUAACUUAUUGUAAUAUCAAUUGCUUUAAUUUCAAACCAGCUUAUUGAAAGGCUUUGUAUAAAGUAGCCAAAGUUGACCUCCAAAUUUAGUUUAAAAAGUAGUGAUCUGGUCGUGUCCUUAAAUUUUUAAUUAAAAUUUUAUUGUGGAUUGUUUUGUCACUAUGUUAGAUUGAUUCCAAGAAAGCUGAAAUAAAACAAGUCAAGAAAGAGAUCAAGGGUAUUAAAGCAGAUUACAAGAGAGAAAAGUCUGUUAAAACAAAAACGUAGGUUAUUUUUCUCUUUCACAUUUUUAUUUUUGUCCAAAGUAAAAGAUAGUUGACUUCAAUCAGCUUACCCUAAAAUGUAAAGGGCAGUUGUCUUCAGUUAGGUUAACCUAAAAUGUAAAAGAUAUUUGAAGACCUGUUUACUUUUACAAAUUUGGCAUACAGUGUACGUUUUUGAGAUGUCUUUUACGACUACACCAAGACCUGUCAGAACUACGAUUUUAAGAGACUUGAUUAAUGUACUUACAUUUAGCUUUUGGUUUUGCUUAUUGAUGUCUCUAUCUUAUAUUGGCUGUCUUAUUUUGUUUAAAAAAAAAAAAUUGUAUAUGAAUUUCAAAAAUGUAUUAGAAUUUGCACCAGAUUGAUUGCAGUGCAUUUUUAAAAGAAUUGUGCCUCUGCUAAAAUUUCAAUAAAAGUGUUCUUUUUUUAAGCUUAUAUGAAAAGAAGAAAAAGACUUUAUCUAAACUUGAGGAACAGUUGGGCAGAUUGGAGGUUCAAGCAACAGACAAGGUGACUUAUUAUAAACCCUAUAUAUUUUCGUAUGCUAAUUGUGUUAUAUGGAUCCACUAAUUUUUAUCUUUAAUAAAAUAUAAAGUUUUUUGUGCUAAUAUACCAAGAGGUUUUUUUACUGAAAGAAUCUAUUUUAAUUUUAAACAGAACAAAAAGACAAGGAAGUGCUAAUUAUAUGAACACAUACCUAAUAUUAAAAUAUGUAUUUUAAGCCUUGCCCACAUACAGUCUAAAUAGAAACCACCUUUCAGAAAAUCGACAUUGUAGGCAAUAAUUUAUAGAAUAUUAUCUCUAUAUUUUAAAAAGACAUAUUUUAACAUAUAUUUUUACCCAAUUGUUCUGAAUUGAAUAUAAUACUAUAUUUCAAACUCUAGGAUGAGAAUAAAGAAAUUGCUUUAGGCACGUCCAAGCUCAACUAUUUGGAUCCAAGAAUCUCGGUAGCAUGGUAAGUCAUUGUUCAUAAAUGGAUUUAUGAAUAGUACAUUUAGCUAUAUAGAAGUUAUUUAACUCAUUCCCCACGGUUUUGCCUAAAUGCAUCCUUUGGGGGUUUUGACUGAAGUGCCCAAUUUGGGUCGUUUAUUCUUUAUAAGGAUUAUUACAUUUGUUGGCAUUCAAUUUCUACCCUGAAAGCACUUUAAAUUUAUUUAAUCAGGUGCAAAAAGUAUGGAAUUCCCUUGGAGAAAGUCUACAACAAAACACAAAGGGAUAAAUUCAGAUGGGCCAUUGACAUGGCCACCGAGCACUUCAAGUUUUGAUGAUAUUUCAAGUUUUAGACAGCCCAAAUGAAUUAGCAAGAAACAGCGUCGCUUUUGAUGUACAGUAUGAAAACUGGAAAUUAAUUUACAAUUUUACAGUGUGUCAAACAGUUAAAAAGAAGAUUAAAUUCAGAAAUGGUUUUCUAUAUUUGUAUUGAUGAAAAUAUGUAGGAGCAGUUAAAGUAUUGUUAUAUUGUUAUGACUUGUGUAAUGUUCGGUAAACUGAAGUGUUUUUUAGCAGGUUUGUUACUCUCAUGCAAAAAGGGGACAGCAGAUUUUUAAGACUUCAAUUUUUGGUCUGGUAUAAUCUCAAAAAGCAUGAUAUUGUAAAUAGCUGUAAAAACUGACAAUACUGGUAACUCAUAAAUGAACUUAAGAAUCAUAUCAUUGUGUGAAGAUUUAUUUUCACCCUAAGGCAUUCCUUGCUAACCUGUUACCAAGUUUGCAGUUCUUGGCUGACUGGGAAAUCAUAUUACUGUUAAAGAUUAUCUUUUUUUUUUUUUUUUCCAGUCUUAAAAUGCUGUUUGAACUAUACCGGUACAGAAAACAUUUUUAUCAGCUUUACUGUUGAUUUAAUACUUAGUACACCCAGGGUUUUUUUUUAAAUAUCAUUGUGUGAAGAUUUAUUUUCACCCUAAGGCAUUCCUUGCUAACCUGUUACCAAGUUUGCAGUUCUUGGCUGACUGGGAAAUCAUAUUACUGUUAAAGAUUAUCUUUUUUUUUUUUUUUCCAGUCUUAAAAUGCUGUUUGAACUAUACCGGUACAGAAAACAUUUUUAUCAGCUGUACUGUUGAUUUAAUACUUAGUACACCCAGGGUUUUUUUUUACACAACUGCCCAAAGUAUUGGGUUAUAUUCCCUGUAGUCUUUGGUUAUAUAGGGCAUCAGUUACUGCAAAAAGCUUGGUUUCUUCGGUAGAGAAUUAUAUAUAUUAUAACUAAAUCAUACAUUCAUGUAUUAUCCAAGGAAUUGCUCAAUAACUUAUUUGAAAUAAUAAACUAGUUUUUAAUAUGCUAUGUCUUACCUCUAACUUGAGACAUGUAUCCUUUAAAAAGAGUUAAAGAUCAUUAUUUUAAAUUAAGGUUGUGAGUAUUCUGCAUAGAAAACUAAAAUUGUUAAAAUGUCUCAUUUUUACAUAACUAAACAGUAUUGCCAUGAUUGAUUUUCAGAAGAAGAGUUUUAUUUUGUGAAAUUCCUUGAUUAAAUCUUGAACCUAAUUGUAUUUGGUUGUAUUUAUAAAUAUCAGAUCAGUAUUUUAUAAUAUUUUUUUUCAGUGCUGCACCCCUUUUGAUUCAAAGCAUUUCCCACACCCCCAUCUCAAUUUCAAAAUAUUUCCUGCAGCCCCCCACAAAUGAAAAAUUUUAAUGAAAAAGCAAAUAACCUGAUUAUUCUGGGUCAUCCUGCACCCCCAGGGACUGCGGGAACCCCUGAAUAAAUAUUAAAGGGUAACCAAUUCUGAUAAGAUCAUUUUAAUCAAAUCUUUCAACUGCAACUAGUAUUUUUGAGUAUCAAGUGUAAAAUUUAAAUCACUUGUUAAAAGUGGUAUUUUAAGUUAAAAUUUCUAGAGAAAACAUUACGAGGCCUAAUAAUAUAUAUUUGUGGUAACUUAUGUUAGGAUAUGGUAACUAGUGGUCAAAGCCUAUUGGGAUACAUCAAUGAAAAUGUAUAGCCUUGCAAUAAUCUUAUGAAAUUGAGACUUUUAUAGACAUGUGGACCAAUUGCCUUUAUUGUUUUAUUAUCAAUAAGUUUUCAACAAAAUAUUUUUAAAAUGUUUAACUUAAGUUGGCUGUGCCUUGAUCAAUUUAAGCUGUUUGCAUCCUGACCAUGAAUGUAAUUCUGGGCAUUACACGAUAUAUCUGUCGGGCUCCCCGUCAGUUUGAUGGCCAGAUGUGCCAUUGAAAUGAUUCAAUGGAUGCUUAUUUUUUUUAUUCUUUUAGUGGUCCAAAGAUUUUUAAUGAAAUUGGCCAGCUUCUUUUGUUAGCUUGUCUUUAAUGUCUAGAAUGAAAGUGUUUCUCAACCUACACCUGCAAUAUCAUAAUUGUAAUAUGUGUCAACGAUUAAUGCAGAUAUAGCAAUUUUUUUUAAACUCUCACCUAUUUUCCCAGCUAUAAUUGUAUAGCUUAGUUCGUUCAAUUUGUGAGGCUAUUUAAUUCUGGUCUGAUCUGAAUUAAAGAGCACAGUUGGCAAAGGUUUAUUGUCCAAAAGGCUUGAGAACCACUGUUGUUACAAAGUAUGAUUAAGGAAGCUCCAUUCAUUUAAUAUUAAUUCUUUCCUAACUAAACUUGAAGAUAAUAUAUUGCAUGUCAGUUACUAAAAAAAUAUGAAAUACCUCAUUUUUGGAUGGCUACCAUUCGUAAUAUUGUGUUAAUAGUAGUUUAUGUUUAUUUUUCAAUCUGUAAUUAAUUUUAGUCAUAGUGAGUAUUACGUUUUCAUAUCCUGACACUUUAUUUAUUGUUUAAUUUUUGUUGUCUAAUGAGUAUAUUAUUAUGUUUUUAAAAAAAAUAAUUUUUCUCCUUUAAAGAAUUUUUUUGUUCUCCUUUAGUAUCAAGUGAAGUGAAUUCAACGCUGUUUUUAAAAGUAUCGGAGAUGUGGCUUUUCUUUUAAUCAUCGGUUAAACUAAAUUCUUGUGUCGUACAUAUUUGUUUACUAUUUGUUGAUUAGUAUCACUCAAUUGUUGAUGAAUGUUUUUGGCUUUGGACUGGUCCCAUUUGUAUAAUGUUAUAGCCCUACUUCUUUAGGCAUUACAUUAAUUAAUUUCAAUCAAAAGCUGGGACCGAUCCUGUAUUCACUUGAAGUCCCAGAUUAAAUACCAGCUUUGGUUAUGAGAUGACUUUAUGUAGGGUGACAGUAUGUGUUUGUUGGUGCCAUUGUCCAUUUGAUUUUAAGAGAAAGUAUUCCUAUUCAAUUUGUGCGGCAAUCCAGUGGAAUUCUACCUAAACACCUUAUUGCAUCUCAUUCAGGUUUGAUAGAAUAAUGUAAACAAUUCUUUCUUAGAUUUACUGUUUGUUACAAAAAGAUAGGUACGAAGACAACUUUGCUGGACUCUUUCAAAUUUUUGUCUAGUCCUUAUUACGUCAUACAGUUUUUCAAGAUACUUUUGCUGUUGAGAUCUGCACAAGGAAUGUAGAAUAGAAUAGAAUAAAAAUAUAUCAAAUAAAACCCUGAGAUUAGACUCUUGGAAACACAUUAGAAAUGAACCUAUCGAAUGCUAUUUUUAGAUGCUGGUAGGCUUCAAUGUAAUACAGGGUUUCACAAGGUUUUGGUGUCCUCUAGAUUUAAAACAUCUAGUCUUAUUUAAUGCAAAGUGGAGCACAGUAGGUGUCUGUAUAGGUUAUGAUUCUGAAUUUAUUGAAAUCACAAACCUGUCUUCAAUUUUAUUUAAUUACAUUACAAAUAGUUAAAUUUUUAUAUGAGCUCUAAGCUUUUAUAAGUUAUGGUGUUGGGGGUAGAAUAUUUGCCUGCCUCAUGAAUGACCUGUGUUUGAUUUCCUCUUUGAGCCUAAUCUCCUUUGACUGUGAGAGAUUUCUAGUUGUAUUUCAUACUUAACAGCAGUGAUGUAAGGUGAGCGUGACAUCAUUCAAUUGAAUGGAACAAAACCAAACAAACAUCAAUCCAAAAUAAAUGGGAUCGUAAGAAAAUAAUUGUAUUUCAGUCAUUUCUAGUAGAAUAAUAUAGGCAUCACAUGUGCAUGUCAUAUUAAUGAAAAUGUAUUUAUACAAACAAAAUAUUUCAAUACACAUUUACAAGAAUUAUGUACGUAACUUUUCAUGUUCAAGUUCUGAAACUUUGAUCAACACCAGUGUCCACUGGCUGGUAGGUUGAUCUGAACUGUCUGGUAGGUUGCGUCUUGUUUGUGUUCAGACCACAUGUGUUUUCACUAACUUUAUUUGCAUGCUUUUAUUGGAUUGAACUUUAUCAAUAUUUACUUGAAUGUAACAGGGUCCAAAAUGCUAGCUCCCUGAUGUGUAAACAUGAGUACAAGUUGAUCUGCUGAUGUGUAUGCAAAACUGCAGGCUGAGGUGUUGUCAGAAUCUCUUACUGUGCCUGACAAGACUUUUAGUUUGAAAUAAGAAGACAGUCGGUUGGAUUUCUUCCUUUCUUAAACCAGGGACAUGGUACUGGGGAGGAGCAUGUCCUCUGUUUUUUAAACAGCUGAUUAACUCUUGUCUUCUAAAUGAGUCUUCAUUUUCAUUUUAACUCUGCAAUUUUAUUACUGAAUUGAGCCACUCAUCAGCCUUGAUCAUGUAAAUAGGUCUCAUACAUAUUUUGUGUAUAUAUUUCAUUUGGCUUAUAUUUAUAUGAAAUGAAUGACUUUUGUGCUGUACCACCAACACCCCCACACCAGAGAGUUUUGUUUUGUAAACCAAUAUAUGUGAGAAGCCUUGCUUCAUUUCAUGAUAUGUAUCUUGACGAAGUGAGCCAGUUUUUUUUUAAAGAAAUAAAUCUGAAUGAAAAUAUGUGAGUUAAUAAAAUGUCAGCUAAACAUCAGG